AUCCUCCCUCUCUCAUCUUCCUCCUCCACGUUCUCUCGUCGUGCCUCCACCUGCUUCUCUUUCUGCAGCCUAAACCUGUGCGCCACACACAACUCUUCUUCAAGAGCCUGUGAAUCUCUAGAGGCAUUGAGUCCGUCUUGAGUUGUUGUUAGUGUCGCCUUGGUCUUCUGUUUUUCGCUUUCGUGCCGAUCCACUCCGGUGCUGUUGGGCGGCGGUCACGAUGGCCGGCGGCGCGGUUGUGAACACCGGAGGGGGGAAGGACUACCCCGGCAAGCUCACCAUGUUCGUGCUCUUCGCCUGCAUCGUCGCCGCCACCGGCGGCCUCAUCUUCGGAUAUGACAUAGGCAUCUCCGGUGGCGUGACCUCGAUGAACCCCUUCCUGAUGAAGUUCUUUCCGGGCGUGUACCACAAGGAGCAGGAGGCAGAGCGGAACCAGAGCAACCAGUACUGCAAGUUCGACAGCCAGCUGCUCACCAUGUUCACCUCCUCGCUCUACCUCGCCGCGCUCGUCGCUUCCUUCUUCGCCGCCACCGUCAGCCGCGUCGCCGGCCGCAAGUGGUCCAUGUUCGCCGGCGGGGUCACCUUCCUCGUCGGCGCCGCGCUCAACGGCGCCGCCAAGAACGUCCUCAUGCUCAUCCUCGGACGCGUCCUGCUCGGCAUCGGGGUCGGCUUCGCCAACCAGUCGGUGCCGGUGUACCUGUCGGAGAUGGCGCCGGCGAGGCUGAGGGGGAUGCUCAACAUUGGGUUCCAGCUGAUGGUCACGAUCGGCAUCCUGUGCGCGAACCUGAUCAACUACGGGACGUCCAAGAUCAAGGGCGGGUGGGGCUGGCGCGUGAGCCUCGCCCUGGCCGCGGUACCGGCCGGAAUCAUCGCCAUCGGCGCGCUCUUCCUCCCCGACACCCCCAACUCCCUCAUCGACCGCGGCUACACCGACGAUGCCAAGAAGAUGCUCCGGCGCGUGCGCGGCACGGACGACGUCGAGGAGGAGUACAGCGACCUGGUGGCCGCCAGCGAUGAGUCCAAGCUCGUGAGCCACCCGUGGCGCAACAUCCUCCAGCGCCGCUACCGGCCGCAGCUCACCUUCGCGAUCGCCAUCCCCUUCUUCCAGCAGCUCACCGGCAUCAACGUCAUCAUGUUCUACGCGCCCGUGCUCUUCAAGACGCUCGGGUUCGCCGACGACGCGUCCCUCAUGUCCGCCGUCAUCACCGGCCUCGUCAACGUCUUCGCCACCUUCGUGUCCAUCGUGACCGUGGACCGCCUGGGCCGCCGCAAGCUCUUCCUGCAGGGCGGCACCCAGAUGCUGGCCUGCCAGAUCGUGGUCGGCAGCCUGAUCGGCGCCAAGUUCGGGUUCACCGGCGUGGCGGACAUCCCCAGGGGGUACGCGGCGUUCGUGGUGUUCUUCAUCUGCGCGUACGUGGCCGGGUUCGCAUGGUCCUGGGGCCCGCUCGGGUGGCUCGUCCCCAGCGAGAUCUUCCCGCUGGAGAUCAGGUCGGCGGGGCAGAGCAUCACGGUGUCGAUGAACAUGCUGUGCACCUUCAUCAUCGCGCAGGCGUUCCUCCCCAUGCUCUGCCGCUUCAAGUUCAUGCUCUUCUUCUUCUUCGGGGCGUGGGUGAUCGUCAUGACCCUCUUCGUCGCAUUCUUCCUGCCGGAGACCAAGAACGUGCCCAUCGAGGAGAUGGUGCUCGUGUGGAAGGCGCACUGGUACUGGGGCCGCUUCAUCCGCGACGAGGACGUGCACGUCGGCGCCGACGUCGAGAUGCGCUCCAACGGCAACGGCAAGAUCCAGGCUGCCAAGCUCCCGUGACGUGGAAACAUCGUCGCUGGACAAUAAGCUGUUACCAUCCGAGGCCGAGGACUUUUUUAGUCCUGACUUGAUUUUUCAUUUGUCAUCUUCUGUAUUAUAAUUGUCAUACGUAGGAUGAUGACGAACAAUCAGUGCGUCACUAAUUAUUCCACAUUUCCUUUUCUUUUUAUACUAGUAUUAAGUUUGGGCUCCUUUUGUGCCCGGAUAUAUACUCUGGUGCCGUGGUGGCUUUGGGCCAAAGAUGAAUAUAGAUGCUGGUCGAAUGAAAUUC